AUGGGGCAGCUUGCCUAUUCUACCGAAUGCCGUGCAGCCAGACUUGUGGCCUCCAUAUCGGGUAUGAUUCAGACAUCCCUUAGUGAUGCUGUGACACCAUUGAGCGUUACCAUUGAUUCCCUUGCGGCUAGGAUAACAGUGUAUGAGCGUGGCCAAGGGGUCACCGAUGAGGUGACGACUCUAAAGGCCGCCAUUGCUGCACUGAGGAGAGAUGUGGACCAGCUGAAGUUUACCGAUAUGUCCAUGAUUUUUGGGAUGGUGGAAAUCCCAGAUGUGCCAGUCGAGCCAGAUAUGCCUGCGACUACCACCAAAGAUGAUGUUAGAGUUGAGGAGGCAGCUGAUCCUGAGUCCGAGGUUGAGACAGAUAAUGAGAUGAUUGGGGUUGAUGAUGAGGCUUCUUACGAGGGCCUUACUGAGACUGAGGAAGCCAUGGUAGAUGCAGCUAUGUAG